AUGCCCUCCCAGACUACAGUCAAUUGGGAAGAAUUGUGCAAGCUAAUGGAGAGCUCAUGUUGGAGCUCUUCGACUUCUGUCAGGCUGCCAAUUCUCGAAAGAAUACAUGUGUCACUAAAAAUCGCAAACGAUUCAAUUGAUACGAAGAUAAUCAAUACUAUUUCUAGUAUAAUGUUACCUACUUAUACAUUUUACCGCGAUGUGUUAUCUAAGAAACUUGUCAUUGAAAUUUUCCAUGAUCUUCUCGAGCUCAAGCCACAACUUCUAGAAGAAUACGUUUCUUAUAUUCUAAAACUGGUAUCUCAAAAUCCAGCAACAAAAGCGGUUUCUGACUACCUCAAUCUUUUAGAUUGGGUCAAUACUUUCCUGAAGUAUGCUUCGUCAUCCGAAACUCCUCAGCAGGUAAUUUCAAAAUUGGUGCAAGCUCAAUGUUUUAUCGCAUACGGCAUCGAAGCAAUGCUAGACAGUCAGGAAUGCGGUAAAAAAGAGCCGUCAAAGCAAAACCAGCAUAGACAAAGAAUGCGUCAAAGUGUCAUGCAAUCAAUCAGCAAAACUUAUGUUUUUUGUUUGGGAAAGAAUGGUAGCGUGAAUGUGGAGAAUAUUUCAUCUCUUCUUCUCGAGCACGGUACAAAGCUGAAGUUACCACCCACUGGUGUAGUUAUCUUGUUAGGUUCGAUCACGAAAUCUACAAUCAAACUUUUGCAACGUCAACCGUCUCACUUCGAAUCUCUAAAAAACAAUGCUGUUGAGGAAUUCAGCGCGUUCAUUGCGAGAGAGGUAAUUCUCGGCAAGACCCCUCCAUCCAGCUUUUGUCUCUCCACUUAUCUACCUCUUUUUUUGAAUGAAUUUAUCAAUGAAGAGUUCUUCAGAAAAUAUUUCGUUCCAAACAUUGAAAAGGGAAAUUUAAGAGCACCAGAGCAGGGCUUUACCAUUUCUACCGAAAUUUAUUUGGGUCUUAAUAACAAGAAAGUUGAUUUGUGCAAGAUAUUUGUGGAAUCAAAGAUAAUGAGCCAAACGUUUUCCUCCCUUAAAAGUAAUAAAGAAUCUGUUAGGAAUGCAUCUUUAGUUUCGGCUUUGACAAUGCUAGAAGUAACUGAUAAGGGGGACACAUCUGUUGAAAGUAUAACAAAGUUUGUUGAAGAGGUUUUCAAAAACUUGAAGUCAAAUUUGAACGCUGAUUACAAAGUUUUGGCGUCUAAAUUACUGAGCAAAAUUCCCUUGGUAUCAGAUGAUGUCUCUGGAUCGAUAGUUUCCAAGCUCACACCUUAUGUAUCCAAAGAAACAAAUGAAACAGCCUUGGAGCACUUGCUACAUGCGUUCUUUGUCCAUACUUCUUACCUUAAAGUGAUUUCGGACACAAUAACAACAACGAUAAUGAAUGGUCUGCAUGAAAAGAAACCUAACUUAAGAAAAGUAUGGGUUGUUUCAUUAUUGGAAGGAGCUUCAACAUCUUCGGCCACCAUUUUACAACAGUAUGAGGAUGAAAUACUGAACUUCAUUAAAGAAGCUCUAGUUCAUCCAUCAAAACUCGACCAUAAAAGCGUUUUGGGAUGUCUUUCUUGCUUAGACUGCAUUUCAUCUAUGACCGGCACAACCCUACGUGAUCAAGUUUCUGUGCUGCUAGAAAGUCUUUACGCAGAUUCCAAUUCGGUAGGCUACGCGUGGUUAUACACGACCCUUUCAACAAAUUUGUGUUCAGAUGAUAGGAUAAGGGCAGUGUCUCUAUUGAAGAACGCGUUCAGACAAAAUCCGCGUUCAGUUGGACUUAAUGUCAUCAAGGCCAUUGAAGAUAGGAUACAAGAUGAUACAAAUGGUCCAAAUGACUCUAUAAGUUUUCGUUUCAUUACGCCAGUGCUAACUGCUUUGGCACAGAACCUAGAUGAUAAUGAAGCUGUUUGUGAUGUAUUGAUUGAAAUGCUAGUUAUUACACAAUAUAAGGGUUUCAAUUUGAAGAAUGGAUGGGCAAGUCUGGUAAUCAAUGCUGGUAUCGAUCCCGGAUCACUCGUGCAGCUUUAUUCUAAGGCUAUUUUAACGAAAAUGCAAGAUAUAACCGAAAAUGCACAUUUGUCUAAGUCAGCUUUAUGCAACGCCGCUUUAAAGUCGAUCGCUUAUGUUUUGUUUAUUAAUCCCCCGGCAAUGAAUCCUAUAUUGGAAGGUCUUUUUCAAGAAGAUCUCCGUAGAGAAACUGUUGCUUCAAUCACUGACGAAGACUUGAAGAUUUGGCAUGGUGUUGAGGGUGAAAUGGUCAUUGAUGUUUUGGAAAGAAAAGCACAAAGUUUGGAAAAUAAAAAUGUCAAAGAUUAUGAAACCUUGAAAUGGGAGGAGGAUAUACGAAAGAAGCAGAUAAAAAAAAACAUAGGAGCCAAGAAGCUUUCGAAGGAAGAACAAGCUCUUGUUACGUCGCAACUUGCGAAAGAAUCCGAGAUAAGGCAGAACGUGAAUUCCAUAUAUUUGAAAUUGAAGCGAAGUGUUGAGCUCAUUGAAUUGAUAAGUGAGGAUGCCUCUCGGGUAGAUAACGGUGCUGAAGUAUGGUUUCCUAUUGCUGUAAACAGUUUACUUUCGGCUUUGAAGGAAGCAGCAUGUGGUAAAAUUUUGCAAAGAAAGGGUAUCGAUGCAUUCCUGAAACUCUCUGAGGUCAUUUCUAAUAGGCUUGGCUUGAUGCGAUUUUAUGUAGGUAUGGCCACUUUACGUGCGUUUGGAGUAUUUGGAAUCCCUGAUAACUUCAAGGAAGAACCCUUGCUGGAAUUAAUUUCAAGAGUACUUUUUAGGAUUAAAUUCAUUUCGGACAAAAAAGCGUUCAGCGGGCUUACUCUAACAUACAUUCUUCCACUUUUAACAGAAGUUUUGGAAGAAGGAAGAAGAGUGGCAAAAAGAAAUGCAAACAAACCAUUGGUAAGAAGUGAAUUUGUAGAAGAGGACAAAGAAGAAGAACACCUCUUAUUGGCGAUUGAAAUAAUUUCUGUUCAUGCUGAGACUUUUACUGAUGCAUCCAUACCGCGCAAAAAUAUCCUUGAGGUGCUUCUGUCGCUGCUUCCGAUGACAUCGAAAGCAAGGUUGGCAAAAGACUGUUUUAUGGCUUUGUGUCAAAAUAUAUCAGUUUCGCCAGCUCAAGAAGAUUUGCAGUUGAUAUUAGGAAAUCUACUUUCGCCAAAUCAAUUUGUUCGUGCCACUAUUUUAGAGGCCAUUGAUGACGAAUUCGAGCUUUCCCCAUAUAUGGACUAUUCCCCUCAAAUUUUUAUAUUAAUGUUUGAUGCUGACGAAACAAACCGUGAGAUCGCACAGUUUAUUUGGCAAUUCAACAAGUUUGAGAUUAGUGAAAAGUUGAUAAAUCAUUUGUUCAACUUUUUCUCUCAAACUGACAGUGGCCUGCGUCUAUUUGUUGCGAAGGCCUAUACUGCCGCAUUGAAAGAACUCGCACAUAAAAAUCCAUCAUCAUUUCAUAUGCAUAUUAAAUCCCUCAUGGACUUUUACGUUGAAAAAUUUGCCUUACCAGAGCCUAUUUUAGACGAGUAUGGUCUAGUUGCAGUAAGUACAGCCGAUCAAAAAGACCCUUGGGAAGAUAGAAGUACUGCCGCCAUUGCUUUUAAGGAAGCAGCACAACUCUUUACUGGGCAUGAUGAAUGUAUUUUGAAUUUUGUGAGAUUUUUGGUUGAAAGUGGCGCUCUUGGCGACCGUGAAGCCCUUGUGCGUCAAGAGAUGAAAGAAGCUGGUAUCGAAGUUAUUACACAUCAUGGGUUGCAUAAUGUGGAGAAGCUGAUCCCAAUUUUUGAGAACGCUCUAGUUUCUAAUGAUGUCAUUGCAAUUAAGGAAAAUGUAAUCAUCUUAUAUGGAUCUUUAGCAAGACACUUACAGGAGGAUGAUCCAAGAAUUCUGUUAAUAGUUGGCAGAUUGCUAGAUACAUUGGAUACUCCCUCAGAGGAUGUUCAACAGGCUGUGUCAGCUUGUAUUUCACCCUUAGUUCCACUUUUCAAACCGAAGGUCACGGAUUACUUAAAUGUUUUAAUGGACAAGCUACUUGACUCCACUUUAUCGAGAUCCGUAAAGAGAGGGGCAGCAUGGGGAGUUGCUGGUAUCGUUAAAGGUUAUGGUAUUAAUGCGCUUUCCGAAUUCGAUGUGAUUCGAAAUUUGAUCGAAGCUUCUGAGGACAAAAGAGAUCCUAAGCGGAGAGAAUCGGUCGCAUUUGCUUUUGAGUGUCUUUCAAAAUCAUUGAAGAAGUUUUUUGAACCAUAUGUUAUUGAGGUGCUGCCAAAUAUUCUAAGGAAUCUAGGUGAUUCUGUUCCGGAGGUUCGUGAUGCGACUGCGGAAGCGACGAAGGCGAUUAUGUCCAAUACAACCAGUUAUGGUGUCAAAAAAAUGAUACCCGUUGCUGUCAGUAAUCUGGAUGAGAUUUCUUGGAGAACGAAGAGAGGAUCUGUCGAAUUAUUGGGUAAUAUGGCUUAUUUAGACCCUGCCCAACUGUCAGCAUCACUCUCUACUAUUGUUCCUCAGAUUGUUGCUGUUUUAAACGACUCUCAUAAGGAAGUACGUAAAGCUGCAGAUCAAUCGUUGAAUCGUUUCGGUGAAGUUAUCAGAAACCCAGAGAUUCAAAAACUGGUCCCUAUCUUGAUCAAGGCGAUAGGAGAUCCAACAAAGUAUACCGAAGAAGCUCUUGAUGCCUUGAUUCAAACCCAGUUUGUUCAUUAUAUCGACGGUCCGUCAUUGGCAUUAAUUAUUCACGUCAUUCAUCGUGGUAUGCGUGAUAGAUCAGCUAAUACAAAAAGAAAAGCCUGUAAGAUUGUCGGUAACAUGGCUAUUUUGGUCGAUGCUAAUGACCUAAUACCCUAUCUACAACAGCUUGUGGAUGAAGUGGAAGUUGCUAUGGUUGAUCCCGUUCCUAACACAAGAGCAACUGCUGCACGUGCCCUAGGUGCAUUGGUGGAAAGGCUUGGUGAAGAGAAGUUCCCUGAUUUGAUACCUCGUCUCCUAUCCACUUUAAGUGACGAUACGAAAUCAGGCGAUCGUUUAGGUUCUGCUCAAGCAUUGGCAGAAGUUAUCAGUGGACUCGGUCUAUCCAAAUUGGAUGAGUUACUUCCUGUGAUUCUCAACGGUGUCACUAACUUCCGCUCAUUUGUGCGUGAAGGCUUCAUGCCAUUACUUCUUUUCUUGCCGGUAUGUUUUGGCGCUCAGUUUGCUCCAUAUAUUAGCCAGAUUAUUCAGCCAAUUUUGGCCGGUUUGGCCGAAUCUGAUGAGAACAUAAGAGAUACUGCUUUAAAGGCCGGUAAGUUAGUAGUCAAAAACUAUGCAACUAAAGCGAUAGACUUAUUACUACCUGAAUUAGAGCGUGGGAUGUUCGACGAAAAUGAGCGAAUUCGUCUGUCUUCGGUUCAAUUAUCGAGUGAACUUUUAUUCCAGGUUACAGGUAUUUCGUCCAAGAAUGAGUUUGCGGAGGAUGAGAGUGAUCAAAACAAUGAGGUCUCCAAACAAAUGGUUGAGGUCUUAGGUGAGGAACGCCGUAAUAGGAUUUUAUCAUCCUUGUUUGUCUGUCGGUCAGACGUCUCCGGAAUCGUUCGUGCUACUACGGUAGAUGUUUGGAAAGCUUUGGUUCCAAACACUCCGCGUACAGUUAAAGAAAUUCUACCUACGCUAACAGGAAUUAUUGUUGUUCAUUUGGCAUCCUCUUCGGAUGUUUUGCGUCAUAUUGCUGCUCAGACUCUGGGUGACUUGGUGAGGCGUGUGGGAAGUAAUGCCUUGUCGCAAUUACUGCCAACGUUGGAGAAGUCUUUGGAUCACUCUACAGAUUCAAAUUCAAAGCAAGGUGUCUGUAUUGCUUUACGAGAACUUAUUCAAUCUUCAUCGGUUGAUCUGUUGGCAGAAUAUCAAGAUAUCAUCGUAAACAUUAUAAGAAAGACACUAGUGGAUGACAACCUAUCAGUUAGAGAAUCAGCCGCGCUAUCAUUUGAUGCGUUCCAAGAUAUAUUUGGAAGGUAUGCUGUUGAUGAGAUUUUACCAUACUUGUUGAACAUGUUGGAAUCAUCAGAUAGUUCAGAAUAUGCUUUAUUGGCUCUACAAGAAAUAAUGUCAACAAAAUCCGAUGUAAUCUUCCCAGUUUUGAUCCCAACAUUGCUAUCGCCCCCAAUAGAUGCAUUCAGAGCACGCGCACUUGGCUCCUUGGCUCAAGUUGCUGGAUUUGCCUUGUAUAAGCGAUUGUCAAUAAUCAUCAAUGCUCUUGUUGAUGCGUUAUCGACAAAUCCUAAUGAUCCUCAGACAAAAGGAGCGCUUGAAGAUGCAUUAGAAAAAGUGUUCUGUUCAGUUACUGACGACGAAGGAAUGCAUCCUUUGCUACAACAGAUCAUGUCUCUCAUGAAAGAUGAAAACAUGACUAAGCGAGUGGUGGUGCUUGGGAGAUUACCACAAUUUUUUGAGGCAACACCUCUGGAUUACAGUGUUUACACACCAGAGAUUAUUUCUCAAUUGAUUUUAUGCUUCGAUGAAGAGGACGAUAGAAUUCUAGGGAGCGUCUUCGACGUCUUGUCUAUAUUGAUCAAAAGACAAGACAAGGGAAUGCUUGAAAAGUUGGUCAAGCCAGCUAAACAAGCUCUACAGCUCACAGGUAAAGGAGGAGAAGAGCUUUCUAUCUUUAAAUUACCAAAAGGCCCUAAUUGUAUUUUGCCCAUCUUUUUAAAUGGUCUCAUGUAUGGUUCAAAUGAAGACCGUGAAUCGUCUGCGAUUGCUAUUGCUGAUAUUGUUAAGAGAACUCCAGCUGCUAACUUGAGACCAUUUGUCACUAUUAUCACUGGUCCUCUGAUUCGUGUAGUUGGUGAAAGGUUUCCAAGUGAUAUAAAAGCCGCUAUUCUCUAUGCGCUUAACAUGUUAUUUGACAAGAUCCCACAAUUUUUGAGACCUUUCAUUCCUCAAUUACAAAGAACAUUUGUUAAAUCACUAUCCGAUCCCUCUAAUGAAACUCUUCGUUUACGUGCUGCCAAGGCACUAGGCUCCUUGAUUGAAUAUCAACCUAGAGUUGAUCCUCUUGUGGUUGAAUUAGUGGCGGGGGCGAGACAAGCUGUAGAUGACGGUGUUAAGACAGCUAUGUUAAAAGCUCUCCUUGAAGUUGUUGCAAAAGCGGGAUCAAAAAUGAGCGAAGCCUCGAAAAGCACUAUUAUGAACUUAGUUGAGGAAGAAAUUCUUUCAGUGGAUGAUAAGCUAGCUACAGCUUAUGCUAGGCUAAUAGGUUCACUUUCGGAAAUAAUGGAUAAAGAUGAAGCAAGGAAAAUUUUGAGAGAAAAGGUACUGCAAGUUGAUCCAAUUGGUGAAUCUGGAAGAUUUGCAAUUUUGACUUUAAACUCCUUUUUGAAAGAUGCACCCGGUCACAUUCUCCUUUCUGGCAUGAUUCCUGAUUUUAUCGCGUAUCUUGUUAAGGCUGUGAAUUCGCCCAAACCUUAUUUAUCAGACAAUGCUUUGACUGCGAUUGGAAAAGUUCUGUUACUUGAAGGUGAAAGAAAGUCGCCAUUUUCAAAAGUUGAAGCCGAUUCUGAAUUCGAACUGGGAGAGGAGAAUAUUAAAUUGUUGAUUCAGCAAUUGUCAAAGUGCAUGAUAAAACCUGAAAGUAAUUCUCUUGACACCAGAAGAUUGGCAUUGGUAGUGGUCAGAACUUUGGCCAGAUUCAAGUUUGAGCAAAGUAUCGAACCGUUCUAUGACGAACUUGCUCCUUCAGUUUUUUCGUGUUUGCGUGAUGUUAUUAUACCCGUCAAACUUGCUGCGGAAAAGGCGUAUUUGGCAAUGUUCCGGUUAGUCGAAGAAGAAAACAUGACAUCAUUUGAUAAUUGGUUUUCCACGUUACCGCCAGACACAGUCAAUAACAGCAUUGGUGAUUCCAUUCAGGUGAGAUCGAUUGGAGAUUACACCAGGAGAGUUGGGAAAAGGUUGGCUAAAGUGGAAAGGGAAAGGAUUGCCGCCGGUGGUGAUCCUGAAACAGUCUUCUCAGAUCGCUUCGAAGAUGAAAGAGAAAUUUGGGCGGUUGGAAGUGUCGAUUUAAAUUCGGAUUCUUGA